CACGUGAUCAAACUUGUAAAUUUCGAGGUUCGCCAUUUUUCUCUCACCUUUACUUGAACGCAGGAAUUUGCAAAGCUCUUGCAGAGCUACAAGACAAUAUUCGAAGGUACUAUUAUUGCAGUGCGAAAGCUUACUCCUUGUCUUUUCUCCCUGCCCCCUGGCUUCGUCGGAGUUAUAAGCUGCCGAGCCUGCGGGCGAAGCAAACUGGACUCACUUCUCCUUUCCCGUACUUCCGAGACACUGUGAAUUUUUAAUCGAUUUGAACGUAUAUAUGUUUGUGCUAGAUCUAUUUGAGUAAAAUUUUCCAUGCAAUGAAAUCCAAUCCUGUUGUGCUUGUCAAAACGGUUUCUAUUUAAAUUUGAUGUCACUGAAAAAAAAUCUCUCGUAAUCUCAGUCUUAUCUUACGUUUGUUCAUUUGUUUUUUUUGCACCUAGGAAUCAGUAUGUCGGAAACUCUAACGUUUGGACCGGAGUGGUAAGCGGAAAAUAAAAUGAUAUGUUAAUUGGUAUUAUUUGAAAUUAUUACGACCUACUUCUUUCUUUGACGGAUGGGUUUAUUACGAAAUUAAGACGGCAAUUUAAAACAUAUGCUCUUGUAGUGAGCAGAAGUCGCUCACACUUUGUAUUUAAUUUACGACUUACAUCAGCUGAUACUCCGACACGUUACGCGCUUUGAUGUGGUGUGAAUAGUGUGAGACACCAUUUUUGUUGAUAACUCAGCCUGUGUGUAGUUUUUCCUUUUUUCCUCAGACUAUAUACGUUCUUGACUUAACAUUUUUUUGGCGCUUCUCCUAAAUGUUGUUUAAAUGCUAGCUUCGCUUGGAAAACGUUGUUUUUCUUUUCCAGAAAAAAAACAACAGACUGUUCAGUUUGCAUUACAGGGACUUACAAAUGAUAUUAAAUUGAUGUACUUUUUAUGAGUGAGAGAGUACCUUUUCCUAAGGCAAGCUGGCUGAUUGGAAAUUAUUUUCAGCUCAUGAGGUUGAACUCACUUUUGACAAGGCUAAAGUAAAUUCUUUCCACUUUCCAAAGGAAGCAAUUAAAAAACAGAAAAUACAAUCAGAGAACAAAAGUGGUUCCACCCCUCUUCCCAACCCCUUGAAAAUAAGAUGGUUUGCCCUAAAUUUGGAGAAGUAAUUGUUAUCAAAAAAUUCAUUGAGUCAAGUGGAAGCUGCAAUGAGGUCAUUUGAAUACCUUUCUUGUUGUUGGUUUUUUGCCUUGAGGAUCACUGCUUUCUAAGUGAAAAUGGGAUUGUGCUAGUUAUAAGCUCCAUGUGGACAUGUUUGCCCUGUAUUUUAAAAUAACCUUACCAGUAACACUGCAUCAAAAAUUUAAUGUGUGCAUUUUUGUAGCUCUUUAUUGACAUUUGUAUGUUAAUGACCCUUUCAAAAUUUUUUUAUUUUCACUUGGUUUGUGAAAUAUGGGAGAUCAUAGUUCAUGUUUUGUUCUUUAAAAGAAGUGAGGUUGUACUUAUUGUGAAUGCUGCAUUGACCAAACAAAAAUAUUAACAGAAUGGCAUUAAAAAGUAUGAAGGUGCAAUCACAGUGUAACUUAGAUGACUCCUAGCAGUUUCUCUUUGAAGGACCACAGCUUUAAUAACUUCCAUGAUUUGGCUUUUUACAUCUUCAGUUUGUAAAAUAAAUAAUCCAUUAGUGAAUUCACUGCUUGCCACAACAUGGGAGAUUGGGGGGUUAUGGGGUGGGGAAAGACUAGUUCCACUAGUAAUACAAUUCAAAGGCCUUGUGACCGAACUAUUUCCCAAACUCCUGAACAUAGUAUUAUUAUUAUUAUUAUUAUUAUUAUGACGAUGCAUGAAAUUCUGAAAUUCAACUUUGUAUGGAUUUGCUGCAUUUAAACCCAUGAAUGUCUUUAAAAUGCUCACUGCAGGUUGCGUGCACUGUCCAGUGGUAACAGUGUUACCUCUCCUCCACCUUCCCCUGGGCCAAAGUACAAACUUGCUGAGCACCGGUAUGGUAAGGAGGAGAUGCUGGCGCUGUUCAGUGAGGAUGUCAUGGUGCCCCCAGAGUUACAGUUGUUUGAUUCAAUCUGUAGAACUCGACCUGCUCUUCCUUUAGCUUUUCAACAAUUUACAGAGGAGGAACAGGUGCUGAUGAUAACAAUAUUUUAACCCUUUCACCUCUAAGUUCUGCAUGUCAAUUCUCUGCCCAGUCUGCUAUGAAGUUCUUAAAAAUUUUAGCUUCAAGAAUUUGGUGAUAAUUUAGAGGAUAAUGUCAAGCUGUUAUUUUACUUUUUUUCCAUCGCCUCUCUAUGCUUAUCAAGCAUUAUUUAUUUUUCUUUGUAUGUUUUUAUUUCUCACUAUAAUUAUUGGUCAAUAUAGUGGGUCAUAUUUCACCUUACAACCUGCAAAAUUCAAAAUUUUGUCUGAGUUGAAAUCUCUCCCCCUCUUUAUGAACCCAGAGAUAUAAUAAAUAUCUCCCUAACCUCAAUUUCUCCACCAGUAUGGUAAAUUAAGGUCCAAGUUUUUCUGCUCAGAUUUAUGGCCUAGGCCAUAAAUCCAAGCAGAAAAACUUACCUCAUUUCAGACCUUGAACUUGGUUAGUGUUUAUCUCUGACUAUUGGACAAAAUUAAUUUCUCAAGUCAAAUUUAUUAAUUGACCUCUGUCAAUGUACAAUUUGGUUUUUGAGAUUUUGUCAUAAAUAAAGCUUGACAACCCCACUUAAGUGAUGUUUGAUUCAUUUGGUCUCUUUUUUUAAAAAUGUAUUUCAUUUUUCCAGAGAAACUCUGCUGGGUCUGUUAACAGUAAUGCUGUCUUGAAGUUAAUGGGUCGUGGUGCAAUGCGAGGAGUUGGCCCGCCUAGAGGACCGGGUAGGGGUGGAAUUAGAGGUAAUGUGGUUUGUAUUUUAACUGGUUUUAUAUUGUUUGUUAAAUGAUAUCUCCUUUAGAAGCCAUCCUUUCUUUCCUUCUCUUUUUCUUCCUCAUCAUUCCGUAACUCCCAGGUACAAAACUUUUUUAAUGGUGACCAUUUUACAAUUGAUGGUGGCCAAAGAUGAUCUUUUGAAAAAACAAUCUCAGAGCUAAUAGAAUUCUUAACAUACUCCAAUUAAGGUUGUGAACUGUUGCACUACAAAUUUUACUUUGAACACUUCACAUUCUCUGAUUCACACCUUUUCUUUAAAUUCCCUGAGAAGCCGUUGCUCUCUGAGGGUUUUGUGUAACAAUUAUCUUUUUUCUUUUGUUGCUUUCUUUUCUCUUAGGGCGCGGCAGGGGGGAUGGGGGAUAUACAAGACAAACAUCAUAUGAAGACACCAGGGGAGAGGGUGGGGCAGGCUUUGGACGAGGCAGCGACACCCGCAGGCAGGGAUGGAGUGAGAACAGGUUAGAAUAUUGCUUCACUAACCUAUUUCUUAAAUCACUGCAUUCUGUUGUGAUGACCUUAAAAAUAUACGAGAGAAGAGAUUGUUCAACAACUUGAAGUGAAUCAAUUUUAGUUGAUUAAAAGCUUGUGUUAUCAGAGUUACAGUUUGUUCUCUGAUGGGUAUCAAACAUGUGCAAGGCCUCUACAACGGUAACAGUUGCUCUAUUUGUGUUUUAGUCGUGGAAGCUUUGAGAGAUCACCAAGCCUUAGAGAAUCAGGUUGGGUAUUUUUGUUAUCUGACAGGGAAAACUGUUGAAGAUCAUGGAUAAUAAUCUCCUGAUGGCCCUUUGCUCUUAAAUAAAGCCAAUUCAAAACUGGCAGUACAUUUUUGCUGCAAUUUGUUUUUCCUGAUGAAGGUGCAGUUCUUAUCUAAGUUGUGAAAUGAGAAAAUCACAGUUUCAUCAUCUGUAACCAGAAUUGCUGUUUAUUUAUAAAUAGGUGAUUUUUGCUUUUCCUGUUUUGUGAAGGGAUCAUUCAGAGAACAACAGCUUGAGUGUUAUUUUACACCUGCAUCACUGAUGCUGAUUGAUUAUUCUGCCUGGUUGUUUUAGGUCCAUCUGGUCCUGGCAGAGGAGGGUAUGAUCCAUCUUUAGCUCGACCUCGCCUCUCAAGUGACACAUCUUGGGAACGAGCAGAGAGAAGAUCAGAUAGCGGCAAUUGGAGGUCUGGUGAUGACGAUGAUGGCUGGAGAAUAUCUGGACAGCGGUCCUCUGAGAGAUCUGACAAAUGGAGAGGAGGUGAGUGAUGGAAGGACACAAGAAAGUAGUUUUAAUUAGUUAUAUUUCUUCAUUAUUAUUCAAGAUUUAUGUUUGGUAACUGCCUGACAGUAGAAGGUACUUGUCAUUUCCCCACAUGUGUGGGGCUUGUUAAUGAUGCUUUGUUUCAUUCAUUUGCAUUUUUUUGGAUAUGAGGGUUCUUAUUCAUUCCAUUUAUUUUCAAGGAUCUGAUUGUUAAAUCUCCCAUCUAGCUGUGACAUGUUACCCUAUAAAUCAAUUACAAGAAUCUGGUUUCAGAUCAAGAAAAAAACUACUUGAUCAGUUCAAGUAGAUAUUCUUAUUUCUUGUUUGCUGGAUGAUAUAAGGAUGUUAUAGGGUUGGGUUACAUGUUCAUCACUUGUUGCGGUUCAAGGGUUAAUUGUCUACCCACCUGUAAAACAGAGAAGGACACUGCACACACCUGCAGGUUGUUAGAGUACAUAUAGCGUAGUGAACAGUGGGAAUCAGAAUCAGAAAAAUGAAAAGGCUUCCAUAUUGUUCUGUAGGUGGUCCAUCAAGAGGCCGUGCAUCCUGGAGAGGGGGAACAGAGUCCUAUCGAGAACGAGGUCAUCCUGAUGACGAGUGGCAAACGGCACGUGGCAGUCGUCGGUCUUAUCAUGAUAAUGAAGAUGUUCGGUGGGGCUCAUCUUAUGACAGGCUCCCUGAAUGGAGUAAUGAUGAUAAUGAAGAUUUUACAACUCCUGGCACAUUUGAUUCUUCAGGAGCAUUUGUGUCUAAGGUAGCCUGUUGUGUCUUCUCCAUCUCUAAAAUAGUCUUCUUCAUCCUAUUAAACUUUUUGAGUGCUUUUACCAUUGUCUAUGCUGUGUGCUGUACUGUGUUACUUUGGGAGGUAACAUGCUAGUGUAAUUUGCUUUCAGUGUGUUGGGAGUUGGACCAAACCCUCUGAAAUUUUGACAUACAGAACAAGUCAUUGGGUACCUGAAGGGAAAAAAAUUACAGAAUACAUAGGACAGUGGAAUCUAGCAGUCAAUGCAUAGUAUUAAAAUUUGGAUUAUAUGCAAUGGAGGGAAAUUCGUAAAGUUUAUUCUUUAAUAAUUGCUGUUUGAUUCAACAUGUUUACUUAUGGACCACCUCUCCCAUGGUACUGAAAACAUUGUUUUGUUUUUUUUUGUUAGCAAAAGGAAGAGGACAGCCAAAGUAAAGAUGAGAGAAAAUAUGUUGAAAAUAGAGAUAAAAAUAUGGGAAAUCAGGUUAGAUAAUUAUAAAAAAUGUACAUAAACUUGACCCAUUUGUUUGUUAUUUUGUUGCCUCUUUUAUUAUUCUAUAACUUCAGUUCUAAUGAUUAUUCAUGGUAACUUGUUAUGGGAGAUGUGGUAGCCUGGUAGUUCAUGCACUGGACUGUGGGUCUAGAGGUCUGGGUUCCAGACUUGGCUAGUUCAUCAUGCUCUGUUCAUGGGCGAAUCAUGUCACUUUCACCGUGCAUCUGUCCACCCAGGAGUAUAAAUGAGUAUUGGUUCUGAAUUAUCAGGAAAGUCUGAUGAAAUGCUGGGGGGGGGGUAAUGGUACUCCCUGAUGACAGCUUUGUGUAUGUUGCCAUGGAUCAGAUUCGAAAAAUAAAAUUCUUAGUGGUGGGUUACUGGGGUGUAAUUCUCCUUGUUCUGACUAAAUGCCAACAUGCUUCUGUUGUAAAUAGUCUGAAAGUGAUGAUGAAGAACCACCAGAUGUUUGGGAUGAUGAGGACAAGGAUGCAGUCCAAACAAAACACUCCGACUCAGGUCUGUCACCUGGUGUAAACUGUUUAUUGCUACUAGAAGUAAUCUACCUCUUAAUAAUUUUAAUUGUAUUGAAAGCUUCCAAAGGACAUAUGGAAAUUUUGAGUUGGGUUAUGCUCUUGGCUUAGUGUGAAACAUAACCUAUCCCUACUCUUAUGUUUUCAAAAUGGUCAGUUGCCUUUCCAUGCUUUGUAGUUUGUGAUUGACCUCUCUAUUUAUUAUGGGUUUUAGGAACAAGACCUGUCAGUGAAGGAAAACCAGCAGAAACAUUAGAACAACAAAAACCACCAGCCGCUAAACCACCUUCUACACAUCAAACAACAGAUACAUACAAACCUUCUCCCUCAACUACAACUUCACCACCUCCAUCUCCAUCACACUCCUCCACUUCACAGCAAAGAACACCUAAUUCUACUCCGUCCAAUGCACCUAACAAACCAUUCGCCCAUGUACCUCCACAAGCUCACAUCACCACAUCCUCAACAAUGCUGGAACAAGCUGCUGGCAGUCUGAAAGAAGACGAGCCUAACAUGGACCAUUUUGCACAAGCUGCGGAAAACCUUGUGGCUUCAUUAGAUGAUGAUGAAGAGGUAGGGUAACAAUUUUGUGGCCUUAAAUCUCUAUUUCAUAAGAUCCAUGUAGUAUUUCUCUUUCUGCUGCUUUCUGCUCAUGGUAGAAACAAGUUCGUGUGGAUUUUAACUGCAUGUUAUCCCUUCCUAAAAAAAGGAGGUUGGUAUUGGAUAUCAUGGUCCUUUUUGAUAUUAUAGCAUUUCCGGUGGAUGUGAUUAAUUUAUCCAGAAAUUAGAGACUUUCAGAUUCUCAUUACAAAACUGUUUUCCAUGAAGCUUCAUUAGCUACAAAGUUUGCACAGGUAAUUUGUGAUCAGAUACAAUUUAGCAAUUUCUCAACAGAACAAAAAAAACUGCCCACUUGGUGGUGUCAAGUCUUCAGAACUACACCAUUUUUGCCACAGUAGGACUUGGGUUUUUAACUGCUAGCAUGCUGCAGGUUCAUUCAUGCUGACUGUUUCCCCACCAGUAAAAAUUGGAGUUGAAUUUACUACAGAACCUAACCAUCCAUAUUAUUUCUCUUAACAAUAGGACAUACAUGUAUAAUGUGAAAAAAAAAACUUCAUUUCCUUUGAUCUUUCAACAGGAGGAUUUAAAAGAAGAGGACCAGCCAACUACACAGCAGAAGCAGGAAUAUCGCAGUUCACCAACAACUACAGAAGAGGUGCAAUGGAGUUACACUGAUCCACAGGGCAAAGUGCAAGGUAAGUUAUCUGUUUUGGCAGUCAGGAACCAGAUGGUGCACGGAGUGGCUCAUGUAAUUCUGUAACUUUACCACUGUGAAUUAUGAACAACCUUCAGGUGCAAGACAAUGAAGAGGAUCCUGCAGAUAGUAAAAUAAGAUAAUUUUGAGCUUUUUGUUAAAAAAAUUAGAACUGCAAGUAGUUUGAGCAAAGUUUUGCUUCAUCAGCAAGGAAGCAGGUUAUAAUAAUUUUUAUCCUGUGAGUUAGACAAGAGGCAGCAAAUUUUUGAGUCAUGUGAAAAAUUUCUUGUGCAUAAAUUCCUUUGUUUCCUCAUCUCAAAUCAAACACAAAUAUCUCAAAAUUGGGUUUAAAGGUUUCAAAACUAAUAUUAUGCAUAUCUAAACUCGACUCAAGCUUUGAUCCUUGAGGCUUUUUUGAAAGUGAAGGAUUGAGGAUUUAGUUUUGAGGGACUGUUUACCUACUUUUGAACAGUACUGUAUGUGCAGGUUACCCAAACAUUAAUGGGGGCAUUUUUCAAACAGGUCCAUUUUCCAACUCUGAGAUGGCAGACUGGUUUAGUCAUGGUUACUUCACAAUGGGAUUGUUGGUCAAACGAACUAUUGAUGAGAUUUUCCAACCACUUGGUGAGGAACUUCAUUCUGUGAGGACUCAUAAUACUGCCAAUAUGUUUGUGAAAUAGUAUAUGUUGGUUUUACAAGCUAUCAAGACAAUCUACUAAGUUCAAACAGUUUUUUUACCUACACUUACAGUGCCCAAGCUCUCUUGGAGUACAGAACAUGAACUAAAGAUAAUUUGUUACAAUAGUGGUUUCAUAUGCCUGCCUUGCAUCAAUAGUUUUACUAAGAUGUAAUAUGUGUGCAAUGUUUGGUGACAAAAGAACAAAUCUGUCAGAUAUAUAGGAUACUUGUAUAUGUGUUUUGGACAAUAAGUUUGUGCUCAAGGUAACUAACACAAAGCUGUCUGUAAUUCUUUCCAAUUAUUUGCAAAUAUUGUGACAUGGCAGGCGAGAUUAUUAAACAAUGGGGGAGAGUGCCCUUCACCCCUGGUCCUCAGCCACCUCCCUGUAAGGUAAGAAUUUUUGUGUUUAUCUCACAAGGGUGCUACUAAAAGCCAAAAUUUAACCCCUUGCACCCUAACAUCAGUAUACAAAUUCUCCAUACUGUUCUCUAUACAUUUCUUAAGGUGCUGACAAUAAGAAUUUGUUAAACAGUCAAGAGCCUCAUAAGUUCACAAUUAUUUCAUUUAUUUUUGACUUUGAUGUUUGAUUAAGGGGGUGAUUUUGUUAGGAGAAAUUAGAUGCUUAUCACUCUUCUGGAAUAAGGGUGUGAUGAGCCUCACUUUUCUUUAGUGUUAAAUCAACAUUUUGUACCUUUCAGCUUUGCUCACGAGUUUAUUUACAAUUUAAGCAUUCAUUAGGAAGAAUUUAGUCAACUGUGUUCGUAGUUAGAUGUGUUAGAGCUACCUUAAAUUGCAUGCCUUGAACUGCUUUUUAGUUGUAUAUUGUAAUUGCUAAAGAGCUGUUCAUCUGUGAUGUUGCAGGUUGUUCCUGAACACAUUCAGAGACAGCAACAGAUCUUAGCCCAACAACAGCAAUACCAACAUCUGAUGCAGCAACACUACCUUCAACAGCAACUGUUCCAUCAGCAAGCAAUGAUGAUGCAGGUAGAGUAACAACAGACCAAACAGAGCAGAGAUAGUGGUAUGGCAAGAAUGAAGUCAUCUUUAGGUUGAGUCUGUUCUUUCCUGUCUAGCCUUACCUCAAUAGUCUUCCUCCAAGUUUGUCAGUCUGUCAGUCUUAUCAGAGCCUCAGAGAGAGAGGUCUGCAAGGGUUCUAGCAUUGCUAAUCCUCACUUUUAGAGCCAGACACUGGCAAACCUCUCCCCUUUGAAAUCUUUGGGCAGAAAAACAUACGCCUUCCAAGGUUAAUAAUUAGGGCUUACUCACAAGGUAGGGUGGGGCCUCGUAGCUCUGAGAAGAUGUAAACAUAGUUAUCUCACCAGCUACCAUAAUAACUAAGAUACUUCAGCAUGUUAAAAUACAAAACGAUGUUGGUGUCUCUCUUUCUCUCUUCCUCCCAGCAACAACAACUGCAACAUAGCCAACAGCAAAUGCAACAGAUGCAGCAGAUGCCACCACCACCUCAGCAUUCCCCAACACAAAACAGCUCAUCUCCUAUGACGCAGCAUGGUCAACCACAGGCAAAACAGGCAGGAGUCCAUCACUUAGAACAGCAACCCCAACAAGGAAGACCCCAAACUCUGUCACCGCACGCUGAAUCAAUCUGGGGCACUGGAACACCACCCCAAGCUUCUCCUUGUAAGUUUGACUUGGCCCUUUUUGGUGCUCAUUGCUUUAAAAGUUUUCCUGGUUUGUUAGGGACACACUAGUUUUCAAGUCAGCAACAUACAAACCUUUUGAUUGAGAUGAUGAAAACUUGCAACAAACGAUCAAUCUUUAUGGUAUCACCAUUUUCCCGUGCUAGAGCAAAAUUUGGUGACCAUGGUCUUCCUAACCCCCCUCCCCCCCUUAGAAAAUCUGAGUUACACCUCUGAGCAUGGCAUAGAGUUUUGAAAGAAGAAUAAAUAAGAGGCUAAAAAAAUGAAUAGUAAGAAAACUCGGAGAUUAUCUAGAAAUUGUACUGAGUUUCCUCUUUCUACAGCUAUCAUUGCACCUGGUCCUUGGUCUCCUGUAACAACGACAUCGGCUGGAAAAGGCUGGGAUACAGAAAAUAGGUAAAGUUGUCUUGAGUGUCCUAGGUUCUGAGCUUUCCACUUUGGCUUCUUCUGCAUGUAUCGAUCAGGAAUCUUUCUCCUUUGUCUUGAUAGGUUUCUUUUUCAUGACAAGCCGAUAUUGCGGGCAAAUUAUAAAGAGUGUUAAUUGGUUUUCAUUUUAAAAAACCGAUAUACUACAAGCACUCUGAUUGGUCAAAACCUUUCGUUUAUUGCACUGGCAAACCCAUAGAAAAUUGAAGUUUGUUUAUAAAAGCAAUAAACCACACUUUCUGUCGGUUUAUUAGCGUAAUAACUCACUUGAGAUGUUGGGAGAACACUCGAACAGUUUGCAAAUCACACGCCGAAGGCGAGCGAUUUACAAACCUUUUCAAGUGUUUUCCUAACAUUCUGUGUGGGUUUUGACGGCAGUAAACCGAUAGAAAGUGCGGUCUAUUUCUUAGAAAUAUAUUUUUUGGAACUUGAUGUUAUUCAAUUUUUACAAAAAUGACACUUACGGAUGCGCCUUUCUUUUUUCGUUAAAACCGUUGCCUUGAUCGAGAAAACUGUUGAAAUAAAAUGAAAAAAAAUUUGCGAGCUCCUCCGAUAAGGAAGUGGCCUAUGUUAAGCCUAUUUUUGGCCAGGGUUUUUUUCAACAUUUCCUUCCAUUUUUUCAGCCAACAGAAUGUUCCAUCCUUUGAGGAAAUACAGAGAAUGGAAGAAGAGAAAGAAAAGCAGGCAAGGGUAAGGCUAUUAUAGUUUUGUUGAUUCGCUAGCAUUGGCGUCAUAUCUUGGCGCCUAUUUCUUACCAUAUUCCUCUUUCUUAUCCAGCUUGAAAUGGAAAGAAGAGAAGCUAAUGCCAGGGCUAUGAGACUGAAGCAAGAGGAAGAAGAACGGAGACGCGCGCAGGAGGCAGCCAUGCUCAAGAAACAACAACAAGAGGACGAGGAAAGACGGCAAUUGCAGGAGACGGAAAGAAGAAGAAAAGAACAAGAAGAACUCAGAAAGGUUGGUGUGUGAAGCAGAUGGCUGGGUUCAGGGAUUUGGAAAUGAUUACUAAUUUAAGAAGCUAGAGAUUUGGAAGUGAUCCUCGCAGUAAUGUGCACUACUUAGGCAGUAGUGAAAAUAAGGCCUGAAAAAAAAAUUCAGGCCUGUACGGGAUUUGAACCCAUGACCUCUGCGAUACCGGUGCAGCGCUCUACCAACUGAGCUAACAAGCCAACUGGGAGCUGGUCAUGAUGGUGGUUCUAAAUAAACCCGUGAAGUGAUGAAUAGACGGUUAAGAAUACAUGAAAGUCAUAUAUUUGAAUUUCAGGCCUUAUUUUCACUACUGCCUAAGUAAUGCACAUCACUGCGAGGAUCACUUUCAUCCACGUCUUUAUCCGCAGUUCAGAUAUAUGACUUUCAUAUAUUCUUAACCGUCUAAGCUAGAGAUUGUUGGCAAAUUUUUCUUUGUAAGCACCUUAAGAAAUGUAUUAGAGAUCAGUCGGGAGAAUUUGCAUACUGAUGUUAGGGUGGAAAGGGUGAAAACUUCUUGAGCUGCAAAUGACAGUAUUUGAAGUCUCUCUUAUCAUUUUUCUAAGAAACAGGAAGAAGUGCGAAGAAAACAAGAAGAAGAGCUGAGAAGGAAACAAGAACAACAGGAAGUGUUACGCCAACAAGAACAACGGCAACAGCUUGAGCAACAGAAAGCGGAGCAGAAGCGACGACACGAGGUACUGCAACAGCAGCAGCAAGCUCUUCUUCGACUCCAGCAGCAACAGCAAGAACUCCAGAGAAAGAAAGACUUGCAAAUAAAAGCCGAAUUGCAACAGCGGGAGUUGCAGCAGAAACUGCAGCAGAAGAGACAGGAAAAUCAGGUGAGAAGGUCAUUUUUAAUUAAGGCUGACCUUUUUGCAACGGCUGCCUUUUGAGGACAGUGGGAAGAGGCCUUUUUAGAGAGGUUACCUGCGCGGAGAAUUGAUUUAAGUAUGAGACAUAUUAAAGGAACAGGGACAGGAAAUUUGAGGAAGUUUUGGCCAAUUUCAGGUUUGGCUUAUAACGGUUAGUGUUAGUAUCGUAGUAGCAACUGCGCACUUACUCCUCCCUUAACCCAACAACAGUCAACUGAAGAUAAGUUCGGGUAAAUGUUGGGUUAGGGGAGGGGUAGGUGCGCUGUUGGUCGGGUACUGACAUUGAUCCGUUAUAACUCUCAUGGAAUAACGUAAUUUUGACACCUUGAAAGCGGCAUGAUGUUGGGCGGCCAUUUUGGCCACCUGUCAGCGGUUUCAACGUUUGCUCAUGUACAGACGUUUGACCACCGUUUUGUCUGUCUGUUUCUCUAUGCAGACGUCAGGAGGGUCUCUGUGGGGUUCUCCUACCCCUGUGUCAGGUACUAUGUCCCUAACCCAGAUUCAACAGCAGGAGGAAAGAGACAAGGUGCAGCGGGAAUUCAAACUGCAGCAGCUUCAGGCCCAGCAGAAGAGGGAACAACAGACACGGGGUGUACCAGGGUGGGGUGAAAGACCACCUGUGGUGAAUCAGCCUGUCAAGUCUUUGCUACAGAUACAACAGGAGCAGGCCCAGCAACAGAACAAAAGGCAGCAGGGAUCUGCUUUGUCGAGAUCACAGGUGGGGAAACCGCUCUGUUUAGGAGAUGGGGCAGUUUCUAAUUGGGUGUCGAAAAGACAAGACCGCGGUUAUCGCAACGGCCAAUUGGGUAGUUUUUCAACACUUUUGUACUCGAUAACGUAUACGAUCCCAGAGGAUACUCUGUCUUGUAGUGCUUGUGUUGAACCUUUCCGCCUUUUCGUCUUUAUUCAGCCGAGUCACAAUCCUCUCAGUUCGUCAGUGUGGGGGAAUGCUGGACACCUUUCAGCAUCUUGGGGACCAGCUCCCAAUUCAGCUAACAUCUGGGGCUCAACACCAUCCAAGCCUCCUCCUCCUCCUCAGCAGCAGUAUGAUGACGAAGACGACGACGAAGACGAUGAUGACGACGACAGCGAUGAGGAAGGUGGAGCAUUCUGGGAUGAUGCCGUCAAAGCUGCGAGUAAGAGUCGUGAACAACAACAGCAACAGUUUGUACAACAACAGCGACAGCAACAAAAAGCCAGGUGAGGUUACUUGAGAGAGUAAGGUCCACUUUGAACGUACAACGCAUCAAUGUCAGUAUCUGAGCAGCUGCAUACCUGCCCCUCCCCUAACCCUAAAACAUUCAACUGAUGACAACUAAGGGUUAAUUUGGUGGGGGGGGGUAAGUGUGUAGUUGUUCAGAUACUGACAUUGGUCUCGUAGGGCCUUGCACGCAUCGAACUUAAAACUCUUCGCUUUGACGAAGGGCUAACGCCCAAAACGUUAGCUUUGGAAACUCUCCACGGUGGUGAAUUUACAUAAUCAGUUGAUAAAAUCAAGUUAUCCUGUAAUAUCCCACCCACUCCGCAUCUCAAUUUUCUUCGGAAACUUACCCCUCUUUAAAACCUUCGUGGUCGACCCAAAUGAUAAUUUUCGACGGUUAAUUCAUACGUUGAAUUCAAUUAGUCGAAAUUGUGCCCUAGAGAAAGAAGCAAAAUAUUUAUUUUACUAAUUUAGGCAUUUUAUCCAGCAACUGGAAAGUGUUACAUUUGAAUCAAAGUGUCGAAGUCACCUUUCCCGUGUAAACCAAAUGGGUUUUUUUAAAUUUUUUUUUACCAAUUUAUUUUUGGCUUGUUACUUUUGAGUAAUUGAGUGUGCGACGUUUAAAGUUGGCCCAGUAGUACAUGAACUAUACACGGGAACGUUUGGUAGAAAUUACGUCUAAGAAAAAACAAGAUUUUGGUGUGGUUUUUGCCCCCCCCCAAGUCGUGUACUUAACCUUUUUGGCCGAGCAGUAAUUUUCACGUUCAGUUGGACAUCAUAAAUACAUAUCUGAUUGUGUGAUGACUCCGUUUUUUUCAUAUAAAUAGUAAUUUGAAUAUUUAGUACUCAUUUCACAGUGUUUGAUUUGUCACAGAGAACCACAAAGAUUUUUAUACUUGGCUUUAACGUUAUGUAAUCGGUAGAAAUAGUUUUUAGUCAGUAGAGCGUUUAUGCAGUGAAGUCGUUCCUUUUUUUCCUUUUCUAGUCAACCUCAGACCAAUAUGGCGUCUGAUAAGCGAGCUAAUAGAGACGAGGUGAGUGAAGAUAAUUUGUAUCACAGUAAGUGGAGUGGAUCCUCUGGUUUUUUCUUGACAUUAUAUUUGAUGAUAGCAAAGCUUGGAAUCGUUUGUAAUUCCGAAGCUUUGACCAAACGUUGGAAAAUACUUGAUCCGCUUCAAGCGCGGAAAAUAUGCUACCAGCUCCAAGCGCGGGAAAACAUGUGAAUGGCUAGUGUCAAACACGAAAAACUGUCACGCUGGGAAAAAGAGCUGGAAAACGCGGUUGUGGUUCUACCUCUGAUUGGUUGGGUAAUGACGCUUGUGUUGAUCUUGGGACCAAUUAUGGCUUAGCAAAUGUCAAUCAAAGCAACAGAGGUUAUUACUUUUCAGACUACAAAAAAUAGAAUAGAAAAAAAAAACUUGUUAAUUGUGUUGUUUAUUGCAGGAAAACUUGAGACGGCUUUUCCACAGUCAACCCAGUGUGGACGAGUUUUCUGUUUGGUGUGACCAAGCGCUCCGCAGCCUAAAUAUCGCUUCAGGAAUUGACAGUGAGUUACUCUUGAGCGGCUCGUUGAAUUACUGUGGGCCUGAACCAUAAAUAACUAAUGGGUACCUGUUUAUUACUUUAUUAGUUCCAACAUUCUCGGCAUUUCUCAGAGAUGUGGAAUCACCGUAUGAGGCAAGUACAGCUGUUCAUAUUAUUUUUUGGUGAUCGUAGACUUAAUAAGUAAAAAUAAGAGGACAUCCUCGCUCAGCUGAAUUUGAAAACACCAGGGCAUAAAUCGCUUUCCAGCAGAUAAGAGCUAAGUAAACACUUGUAUGCGCUCUAUACCGGAUAGAGAUUUAUGCGGUGGAUAGCGUUAUCUGCUCUUCGAACAAACAGGGCCGACCGUAACAAAGUACUGAGUUUGGACGAAGUUCGAAAUUAUUCCUCAGAGGAGACGUGUGCUACAAAAACCUAAUAGUUUUAUCUUCAACAUUUUGGCUUAUUAAUGACUUUUGCGGCAAGAGGAACAGAAGCUGUGACCAGGUGACAAAGUUGUUGUCAAAAUAACGGCGUCCAUGGUCGAAAGCUUGGCACAUUUGAAGGCAUUUUUAGCAGGGUUAGGUUACUCUUAGUAAUCUCAACAAGUGAAUACCUAGUAAAUGCUUUGAAAAACGCUUUUAUGGCGGAGAAGAAAAUGGUAUGGUCCCCGGAGCAUAAUGUUUGUUUUACCUUCUCAUUGCCCAAGUCUCUUAAGUAGUUCUCCUUACUGUGUGCCGUACAAUUCUUAUGGCAUUAGUACGGAGAACUUGGUAUGAGAUCAAGUAUAAUCCCCUAAUUGCCUUUUUCCCUUUACUCUCAUCACUAUUCUGCUUAAUAGUGUAUCAAUAUUGUUAGGACAAAUUCUGUCUGAGUCACUCAUGGGAGAUAAAGGCCGGGUUAAGUGACAGUCACGAAGGAAAAGUUCGACGAAAAUACACUUGUAUGCAACAGACUGCAGGUCGAAAAUAUGAAAGAAAACGUAUUACUAUUGAAAGGAAUUCAAUGUAGUUUUUGAUCCUUAAAUUUCUUUGGUUUCUAAUUUCUCUUAGGUUUACGACUACGUCAAGUCUUACUUAGGGGACAAUCGCGAAACGAGAGAUUUUGCUCGCGAGUUCAUCGAAAGACGGAAGAAACAAAAGGACAAAAUUCCUGCUUCUCUUCCACCGUUUUCUCAAGUGAGUGUAACCAAUUUCGCGUCGUAAAACAUCAAGUAAGUGUUGAAUGGCGUGUAAAGAGCCCUAAGAGCGGAUGACCGAAGGGAGAAUGCGACUCUUUCUGGCGCCCUAUUAUAACAACAAAUCAACUGUAGGCCUUUUUUUUAGUUUGUAUAACGAAAGAAGACAGGAAAUGAUCUGCACUUUGCUUCAAAGAAAGCAAUCUGCCUUCUGGCUGCCUUGCGCGACUCAUACACGUGUGUGGUUAAGUUCCGUAAUAACUAACGAAAAGUGUUGGAAAGAUAUGUAACCAGAGGCCUGUUUCUCGGAACUCCUUCUGCUCCGGAAAAGCGGGAGUUGAUAAAACCAGGUUGUCUUGUAAUACCACUUACCGACGCAGCACAACUAUAGAAAUUUACUCGUUUUAUUCAUUUGAAGUUUAGUGAAGGCCAAACUACAAAGAGAUUUUGUUUGGUUAUUCCGUUUAGGCAAGUGUGUGGGGUGCACCUGUUCCUCGGGGACCGUCUGCAGCCAGGCCCACGAAUAUGACCCAAUCAGGCGCCUUCCUAUCGGGUCCACCUCAAGAGGAUCCUCAGGAAGCAAUGAAUAAGAAGAAAAGAAAGAAAAAGAUGCAGAAAGUGGACCCGAGCAUUUUGGGAUUCAGCGUGAAUGCGGCGGAUCGAGUGAACAUGGGAGAAAUACAGACUGUCGAAGACUAGCAAUGAGACCUUUAAACAAAUGCAAAGGUGGCGACAAAGCUUCGCCUUGGCCUUUUUCGAAACAGAAAAAAAAAAGAAACAAAUUGUUUUAUAUGUUAGACCAAAUAUCGAGUAGCGAAUUUUUAAUCGGCGACCGCGUGGAGCGGUGGAGAAAUGUGGACUGUACAAACUGUAAAUGGCGAACAAAAGCUCAAGCCCUAAUAUAGCUGAAAAUAUUUUCUUUGAGUUCGUUGUGAUUUGGAAUAACUUAACUGAAUAACUGGUUUCUCUUUUCUUGGCCAUACACCAAUUCUAUGUUCACCUUCAAGACGCGAUCUACCAGUGUUGUUCUAAUAUGGUGAGUGAUCUGCCAAUGGUGUUCUGAU